AUGGAAAUGCAGCAAAACUGCAGCAUUUCAUGCUUCUGGGAAACCCAACCUCUUGGUUGUGUGAAGAUCAGCUGUAUUUUUUACCACAGCAAACCCCGAAAUAUCAAUGGAUUAUUUUUGCCACCAAGUAGCAACACCACCUUACAGAAAGAAAGUCAGGAAGGAAAUCCACCCCCAAGCCAGAGUCAGGAACCUCUGAAACCCAUGGAGAAUGUAUCACGACCUAUCCAUAAUCCAUUAGUUUUAAAAACUAACUUUGAAGAAGAGGAGGAGGAAGAAGAGGAACAAAAUGAUGCUUCUAGUUUAUGGACAAAGACACCUGAAGAAAUUGAAGAGAAGAGAGCAAUAAAGGAGAUGUGUUAUAAAUCUGGUGAAUACUAUAGAUUCCAUGCUCCUCCGGACAUUUCAUCAUCAAAAAGCGUAGCUUCUACACCAGAAAAGGAGUUAGAAAAGCCUUUGGAAAAUGGCAGCGAAUUGCAAGAAGGGGAUGGUCUCACAGUUCCAACGAAGUUUAGCCUCUUGGACAGGCUGGGCGAGGCAAAAACAUCACUGGAUAGGAAACCAAGGACUGACAUUGCUACUUUUGAAAAUGGAGGAGGUGACUGCUAUGCUCCACAGAGGAUCAUAUUUCUUGGAGUAGAUGAAAGUGAAGCAUUAGCUGAAGUGAAAGAAAUCACCUCAAAAUGCUCAAAUAUCAAAGAGAGCAAGGACAGUCUACAUCCAAAGCGCCCCCUAACUACUCGCCUAGUCCCUACAACACAUAUAUUAAAUGCUACUGAGAACAUCAGGAUGAAGUACAGAGAGACCCCAUCUUCAAUGAAUGAUGUCCAGCCAGUGAGGAAGCCUCAUUUUAAAGGUGUGAAGAAAAGAAAAUGGAUUUAUGAUGAACCAAAGAACUUUCCUGGCCCUGGAAUGCGGAGAGUAGUACACACCCCAAAUCCCAAACAUAAAAUGAGUUACCAUCAUCAUAAUAAAAACCGAAAUGCUGAGAACACCUCCUAUAUGCAUGUCCAAAGAGACGCGGUAAGAACGGUCACGCUGAACACCCCUCCCGGAAGCAGGCCCACAGGUGGGUCCUACAACAAAACUGACGUCAACAAGGAGCCCAAACUCAACCUCUGCCCAGAUAAACAUAUGUCAACAUCAUAUAAUGGUUCAGCCUGGCGAAGAAGAAUUCCUUUUUCAAAAACAUAUUCAAAAACGGAAAAGAUAUAUCCAGAGCCAAGAAGAAAUGGAAGUAAGUAA